ACUAAACACUAGAAAACAUGGAAACUAUCUUUGCACAAGAUUUUCCAUCGAAACAAACGGAGCGUAGUCUCUAGUCUAUACUGUACUGAACCCAUUCUUAAGCCAUUCAUGAUUCAACCAAAUCCAAUGUACAAUCCUUAUUUUCUAACAUUACCUCUCCCAUCUUGACCCAGAUGGGAGAGGUGAUACACUUGGACAUUUCCUUCCUUUACAUAUAUGUAUGAUGGUCUGGAAUGGAUUAAUUAAAUGCACACAAUGAGUUGGUCGUGUCCAUUUCAAAGGCUUUUACCAAGUUGUGAACAAUAACAUGAAAACUCUAAGGAGAUACACUAGAUUGUGGUGUAGUUUUGGUCCUCAGUAUAGAUACUUUUCAGUAUUAGCCAAUGUGAAGCCUCAGAGUCCAACACUGGAGGACCUUGUUUAUGUGAGUGCAAGGGUUGCCCAUGUUUCAAGUUUGCAUGAAAUGCUGCAGUUAUUUGCAAGAACGAGAGUACCCAUGAAAGGGAAGGCUUGCCAUGCACAAGUAAUUUGUGUUGGGUUGCAAGCAGACAUUAUAACAGCAAACAUGCUCAUUGCAAUGUAUGCAAAAUGUGGUUUAGUUGACUGUGCUCGUAAAGUGUUUGAUAAAAUGCCAGAACGAAGCUUGGUUUCAUGGAAUAUGAUGAUUGGGUCACUUGCACAGAAUGGUGAGGAGCAGGAAGCUCUUAGUCUUUUUGUUGAGAUGCAAAGAGAAGGAAUCUCAUUUAGUGAAUUCACCGUUUCGAGUGUUCUAUGUGCCUGUGCUGCAAAGUGUGCUAUGUUUGAGUGUAAACAGUUGCAUGCUUUCGCUAUAAAGGCUGCCAUGGACUUUAAUGUUUUUGUGGGAACUGCAUUGCUUGAUGUUUAUGCCAAGUGCAAUUUGAUAAAGGAUGCAAUCUGGGUUUUUGAAUGCAUGCCAGAAAAGAGUGCUGUUACAUGGAGUUCGAUGGUGGCAGGUUAUGUACAAAAUGAGCUUUAUGAGGAGGCUUUGGUCUUGUUUCGCAAAGCUCAAAUGAUGGGGUUGGAGCAGAACCAGUAUACAAUUUCAUCUAUAAUAUGUGCUUGUGCAGGUCUGGCAGCUCUGAUUGAAGGGAACCAGGUGCAUGCCGUGUUAUGUAAAACUGGACUUGGUUCCGAUAUAUAUGUUGCUUCCUCACUUAUUAACAUGUAUGCCAGAUGUGGCUGCAUUCAAGAAGCAUACAUUGUGUUUCAAGGUGUGGAAGAGAAGAGCAUUGUUCUCUGGAACGCAGUGAUUUCGGGGUUUGGUAGGCAUGCCCACUCCCUAGAAGCGAUGAUUUUGUUUGAGAAAAUGCAGCAGACGGGUAUUUUUCCAAAUAAAGUAACCUAUAUUGCUGUGUUAUCAGCAUGUAGUCAUAUGGGUUUGGUUGAAAAAGGAAAGAAAUAUUUCAAUCUUAUGACAAGGGAGCACAAUUUGUCACCUGAUGUCCUUCACUAUUCAUGUAUGGUAGAUAUUUUUGGUCGAGCAGGGCAGAUUCACAAAGCUUAUGAUUUGAUAAAGAACAUGCCGUUUGAUGCGACUGCUUCAAUUUGGGGUUCGCUUUUGUCUUCUUGUAGAGUCUACGGAAAUCUUGAAUUGGCUGAGGUUGCAGCUAAGCAAUUAUUUGAGCUGGAACCUAAUAAUGCAGGGAAUCAUGUUUUGCUUUCAAACAUAUACGCGGCAAAUAAAAAGUGGGAAGAAGUGGCAAGAGCAAGGAAGCUUCUUAACGAAAGUGAGGUGAAGAAGGAGAGGGGUAAGAGUUGGAUUGGAAUCAAAGACAAGGUUCAUUCAUUUAUGGUUGGAGAGAGAAACCAUCCUAAAAUUGCUGAGAUUUACUCAAAGUUGGAUAAUUUAAUUGAAGAGUUGGAGAAGCUAGAUUAUAAGGCUGAGACUGCACAUGACCUUCACUACGUGGAAGAGGGCAGAAAACAAGAACUCUUAAGGCACCAUAGUGAGAAGCUUGCUCUUACUUUUGGUUUAAUGUGCUUACCUUCAAAUGUGCCUAUCAGAAUUAUGAAGAAUCUUAGGAUCUGUGGGGAUUGCCAUUCUUUUAUGAAGCUUACAUCAAGUUUGACAGGGAGAGAGAUUAUUGUUCGGGAUACAAAUCGAUUUCACCAUUUUAAGAAUGGUUACUGUUCUUGUGGAGACUUUUGGUGACAAGUUGGUUACCUUACCAUCUUGUGGUGUUGAUCCAACUGACUUGUUGGUUUAACACAUUUGCCCUACUGCAUCUGGGUGUGUCCAAGUGUAAUGACUAUGAACCGAUUCUCAUGAUAUUAGAGAAGUUUUUGGUACAUUACAUGGAGGUUUGGUUUCCUCUAUCAUCCAAAAGAUCAGUUUCAAGCAAGUAAAGAAUUGGUGCUGGCAACUUAAAAGAGAAGGCAGAGUGCAAAAAUGGGGUGGCUUCAGUACCCUUAAAAGUGCUACACAAUUGCGUAGCCUAUGGCUAUAUAGUAUUUGUGUUCUCAGAACACUAGGGAAAACACUGGGAACAAUCGUCUCUCUCUCUCUCUCUCUCUCUCUCAAUUUCCUUUGUAGACUGUUGUUCCUGUUUUUGCCACUUAUGGAUCCGCUGGUGCCAUUCACCAAAGUUCUUGUUUGUGGGAGUUCAAAUAGUGCCUUAGCACCAUACUGGAGCAAAAAGCUGGGGAAAUGUAAUUUCUGUUUCAAAUGCAGUCUAGCUGUAUCUAAUGCAUUGGAAAACAUUGUAACAUUUGUCUUCACCAUUUUCUUCUUUUUAAUUUAU